UCGUAGUAUAAGUUCUAUAAACUAGAAACAUUAGUGGACAGAUUAAGGCCACUCAUUGUAGCAGUGACAGAAACUUGGUUAGUCCAUGACUUGGACUUAGCUUAGCUGAUGACUUUAUUUUAAAGCACACUCAUCUUUGGAGUGCAAAUACUAGAUGCUUGAUAAUAGGAGACUUUAAUGCACCUGAUAUUAGUUGGACUGAGAUGACCAUGGAAGGAUCUAUAAACUCCUUUGAUAGUAGGUUCCUGAUAACAGUAAUGGAGCACGCAUUAGUGCAUCAUGUAUCCAAACCCACACGUUUUGGUGCUAACCAAGGUUCUUCUCUGUUGGACUUGGUAAUCACUCAUGAGACUCAGGGUUGGUUGGGCCACGUGUUACGUAUGCCCAAACACCAAUUACCACGACAUGCAAUGCUAACUGGUGUUCGGGAUGGUUGGAAGAAAGUUAGGGGCGGCCAAACCAAAACGUGGCAUCAGUGCUUGAAGUCACUAACUUCUAGUCUGAGCCAUGCUGGUAAAUGCAAACCACUUGGUUGGGGUCCGCGUGACUAUCGUAACCAAUGGUUAGAGACUCUUGGUGACAUGACUCAGAAUCGAUCACAAUGGAGUCGGUGUAUACACUCUCUGUCUUCCCUUAAACCGUGAGAUUAAAAUUACUUUAUACCUUUCUUUCUACCAGCUAAUUCUUUC